AUGCCCUUCUGUCUUCGCCACCUCCCCCGUUCCCCUCCUCCCCCGUUCCCCUCCUCCCUCGUUCCCCUCCUCCCCCGUUCCCCUCCUCCCCCGUUCCCCUCCUCCCCCGUUCCCCUCCUCCCCCCAGCCUCCCUGCGCACUGAGCAGCCUCCCUGCGCACUGAGCAGCCUCCCUGCGCACGGAGCAGGCGGGCGGGCAGUUGGGCACAGCAAGAUGCGCAUCUCCCCUGCCGGCCUGCCCCACUGUGCUGUGUCGCCAUGCCUCUCUCUCUGCUGGGCUGGGAGACACACCACAACACACCACACCACACCACACCACACCACCCUCCCCCUUCCCCCAAUCCCCACCUCCCCACCUCCCCCUCUCCCCCGAUCCUCACAUCCCCACUCCACAUGGCACAGCCUCCCUGCGCACUCGCAGCCGGGAAGGCAUCUCCUCGCUGGCCACGGGAAGGCAUCUCCUCGCUGCCCACGGGAAGGCAUCUCCUCGCUGGCCACGGGAAGGCAUCUCCUCGCUGCCCACGGGAAGGCAUCUCCUCGCUGGCCACGGGAAGGCAUCUCCUCGCUGCCCACGGGAAGGCAUCUCCUCGCUGCCCACGGGAAGGCAUCUCCUCGCUGCCCACGGGAAGGCAUCUCCUCGCUGGCCACUCUCCUCGCUGGCCACGGGAAGGCAUCUCCUCGCUGGCCACGGGAAGGCAUCUCCUCGCUGGCCACGGGAAGGCAUCUCCUCGCUGGCCACGGAAAGGCAUCUCCUCGCUGCCCACGGGAAGGCAUCUCCUCGCUGCCCACGGGAAGGCAUCUCCUCGCUGCCCACGGGAAGGCAUCUCCUCGCUGCCCACGGGAAGGCAUCUCCUCGCUGGCCACGGGAAGGCAUCUCCUCGCUGCCCACGGGAAGGCAUCUCCUCGCUGCCCACGGGAAGGCAUCUCCUCGCUGGCCACGGGAAGGCAUCUCCUCGCUGGCCACGGGAAGGCAUCUCCUCGCUGGCCACGGGAAGGCAUCUCCUCGCUGCCCACGGGAAGGCAUCUCCUCGCUGGCCACGGAAAGGCAUCUCCUCGCUGCCCACGGGAAGGCAUCUCCUCGCUGCCCACGGGAAGGCAUCUCCUCGCUGCCCACGGGAAGGCAUCUCCUCGCUGCCCACGGGAAGGCAUCUCCUCGCUGCCCACGGGAAGGCAUCUCCUCGCUGGCCACGGGAAGGCAUCUCCUCGCUGGCCACGGGAAGGCAUCUCCUCGCUGGCCACAGUCCUGCGCAUCUCCUCUGUGGCCUGCCUCGCUGUGCCUUCAUGCCUCUCCCCUGGGACAGCUUUUCAGGCGCCUCAUCAGUCCUCUCCCCUGGGAGGGACAGCCAUAACAGCGGGCAGCACUGAUGCACCGUGCAGCGCCAUCAGGCUGAAGUGGAGAAGCGCCCUUCACUCCACCAGCCCCUAUCAAUUCAACCCCGCCCCAUCCCCCUCCGCGCAUGCCAUGCCCCCAGGGGCAUGGGCGGGUCACGGGUGCGCACGGCCGCGCUGGCGCACCCAGCAGCACCACGAGGCCGGGAGAAGCGCCAUUGUACCCCCCCGCCCCUCCACACUGCUCUCCAUGCAUCCAACACCCGCCCUCUCUCCACCUCCCCAAGGGGAGCGAACGAGGAGGGACAGCUGCGCACGGGUGCACUGGAGCACUCAGCAGCAGCACAAGGCAGGGAGAACUGAUAUUCCAAACCCCCACCCCCACCACCAUCCCCCUCCCUCCCUCCCUCCCUCCCUCCCUCCCUCCCUCCCUCCCUCCCUCCCUCCCUCCCUAGGGGAGCUAACGAGGAUGGGCAGCUGGGCACGGGCGCACUGGCGCACUGAGGAGCACCACAAGGCAGGGAGAAGGGGAGCGAACGAGGAUGGGCAGCUGGGCACGGGCGCACUGGCGCACUCAGCAGCGCUGCAGCUCGUGCCGGCGCUGGCAGGGGCGGACGUGGUGCAGCUGGUGGGCGGCAGCAGGAACUCCCUCGCCCUCACACAGGACGGCCGGGUGUUCCUGUGGGGGUGGAAUCAGCGCAGCACGUUGGGCCAUCCACCCGCCCCGGCCGCCCCGCGAGAAGCCGUCCCCUGCCAGGUGGAGUCGCUUAAAGACGAGAAGAUCGUGCAGGCAGCCAUUGGAGGAUGGCACUGUCUAGCCGUGAACGAGAAGGGGACUGCUUUCUCUUGGGGCGGCAACGAGUAUGGGCAAUGCGCAGCCAAGGUAGCAGACAAGCUGCACGGCAACAAGCUGAGCGCCCGCGACAUCCUCUCGCCCUUCCCCUGCGUGCCCCAGCUGCGCGUCAAACAGGUGAGAGCGGUGUGA